CAUCGUCUGAAAAGCAGCAUGUCGGGCUUCGCUAUUACCCUGCGCGCUAUGGUGCACAAACUCGCGUUCUGGCACCGACUUCCGCGGCUGACACUGCUGGGACGCUCCCUUCUUCUGGUUGUCGCUGAGCUUCUCGUGAAUGCGGUCUUCUGGGCGGUAGCUGGCAUCCUGUUCGGCAAGAAUGACACUAGAUCCAUCCUAGGUCUCGCGCUCUUGGCUUGGACCCUGGGCCUACGACACGCCCUCGACGCGGACCACAUCAGCGCUAUCGACAAUGCCACUCGCGGGCUCAUCAGCAUGGGCCAACUACCCGUGACCUGUGGUCUGUUCUUCUCGCUGGGACAUAGCACCAUCGUCAUCGUCGUGAAUGUCGCCAUCGCCAUCUCGACCGACGUCUACCAGCACAUAGACGGCGUCGGGAGCGUCGGCGGUAUCGUAGGUGCCGCCGUCAGCGGCUCCUUCCUCUUCAUCGUCGGCCUCGCCAACUCCAUCAUCCUAUACAAGAUCCUCCAACGGCGCCGCGAGUUCAAGAGACGGCAGCGAGAGGCCGAUGCGACUGGCGAAGACACGCUGGCCGACUUCGACUCCGAUCCCAAGCACACGCACAUGCUCAUGAUGAGGAUUCUCGGGCCUGUUCUAACAUUCGUCGACCGGCCGUGGAAGAUGUACCCGGUAGGGGUCCUAUUCGGCUUCGGGUUCGAUACGGCGUCCUCGAUCGCGCUGCUCGCAGUCAGCGCCAUCGGGAAGGAAGGCGCAAACAACGAGACGAUACCCACCGGAUAUAUUGUCAUCCUCCCCCUGCUCUUCACCGCCGGCAUGACCUUCAUCGACUCCCUGGACUCCAUCCUGAUGCUCUACUCGUACUCUGGCUUCCCCGAGCACUCGUGGAAACUCUUCGAGACCAGAAGUGAAAAAUCCUCAAGCAACAAAAGCACCCCAAUCGCCUCAGUCCGCAGCUGCUCGCCAUUGCAAGGCAGCUCACAGCCCACGCCAUAUGAUAACAACGCCGACCUCGGCGCGAACCCAGUCAAGUCGUCCAAGUCCAGCGUCAAGUUGGGCAACGACGAGCCCGACACCGUGGACACCGUCAGCAUCGUCGGCGCAGUGGCCUACGAGCGGAAGAUGCGCGCCAUGCGGGUCAAGGCGAACAUGAUGUCCGGGCUGAGCAUCAUCCUGACCCUCAUGAGCAUCCUCGUCGCCUUCAGCAUAUCCCUUAUCACCAUCAUGGGUCUCAUUGGCGACAAUUGCGGCCCAUGUCAGGAGGCCGCGGAAGCGGAAGACGGUGGCGGGCUGGCGGGGCGUUGGUGGCGCGGUUGGGCAAGGGCGAACGACAACUCGGGCUACAUUGGCGCGGGCAUCGUUGGCGCGUUCAUUGUGGUGGUAGCGAGUUGGUUUGGAGGGCGUAAGGUCGUCAGAAAAUGGCGGAGUAGGCGCGCUGCUGCCAGCGCCGCUGAUGCUCCAGCUGAAAGGGUUGAGUAGGAGAUGAUCGAGACGUACCAAUGUAUCUUGUACUUGAUUGAUGGCUCAAGGAAGGAAGAAGUGUGCAGGCA